AUGUCUAAUAAUUAUUCCUCAUCAAGUGAUGAUGAAGGAGGUUUUAAUUCAAAUUCUUCAAAUAGAUUUCAUAUUCAAUUACCUCAACAACAAUUAAAUUUAAAUGAAAUUAGAAAACAAAAUCAAAAAAAAGAUAAUUCAAAAUUUACAAAACAAACUUCAUCAAAUUUUAUAAAAGUUUCAAAUAAAUUAAAUAAUAAAAAAAAUGUUAAAUUUCCUGAUUCUUAUACUCCAAAGGAUCCAAGAUCAUCUAUGAAUUUAUCAAAUACUUCACAAAUAUCCUCUGAUGAUGAUGAUGAUGAAAAUGAAGAAGAAAGAAGAUUUUACAAUGAAUCAAGUAAUACACCUAGAUUUCAACAAGGUCAACAAAAUUUACCACAUUUUCAAUUUAAUUCAGAUCAAAUAAAGAAAAAUAAUAAUCAAUUACUAGAUAGUUCAGAUGAUGAAGAUUAUACUGAUUUUCAUGAUCAAACUCAUACAAAUUUUACAAAUAUGCAACCACCUGAACAUUUUUAUAAUACAGACUCAUCUGAUGAUGAAGAAGAAGAUAGUAGAAAACGAGACAUAAUACAUACAGAUGAUGAUCCUUUAUCAGAUAAACCCGAAAAUCCCUUACAAGACCCACCACCUCAUAUUUAUGAUCAACCAAUACAUAAAACAACAACUUCAUCAUCAAGAAAAUCUGUAUCUUCAGAUCCAAAAAGAAAAUCAUCAUUAAAAUCAAUUUUAUCAGGAGAAAGUAAAAACACAUCAAAUAGUGGAAAUGGUCCUGGUGGUAUUAAAGGAAUACUACGUAAAAUGUCAUUAGCUGAUCAUAUACCAUCAUCUGAUCAUGAUAUAUCACAAAAUGAUACAUUUUUAGGUAGAGUAUUUAGUAUGGGACAUAAUGGAAUAUCAGGAGGUGGUUUAGCACCAGGAGCAUCAAGAAUGACAUCAAAUGACAAAAUUCCAGAAGAAGAUGAAGAAAAAAGAGUUGGAUUUGCUGAAAAUGAAAAUGAUAGAGAUAAUGCUAUUGAAAUGAAACCAAUAGCAAAUUUUGAAGAAUUAAGUGAAGAAGCUAAAAAUUUAAUUCAUCAACAUAUACCUGAUUCGAUAUUACAUUCAAGAGAUUCAAGUGCUGCUAAUAGUACCGAUAUUACACCCGUAGUAAGUCAAGAAAAUUUAAAUAAAGAAAAUAAAGAAGGUAAUGAUGAUGAUUCAUCAAAUAAUUCAGGAUCAACAAAAAAAGAUGAAGAUGAUGAUGCGAAAAAAAAUAAUCCAUUUUAUACACCAAAUCCAGAUUUAUUUUUAAGAGGUAACCAUGAUGAUGAUCAAGAACAUGUUGAUCAAAAUGAUUUUUUACAAGAUGUUGAUGGUGAUUAUAUAGAAAGACCAAAACAUGUUCAAGCUGGUGUAUUAAGUUCAUUAUUGAGAUUAUAUCAAAAUCCAAAUGAAGGAAAAUCAUCAAGUUCAUUAAGUCAAACUCCAACUAAUUUAAGUGAUGAAUAUAGUAUGUAUUCAUCAAAACCACAAAGUUCUUCACAAAUGGAUUUUAAUAAAUUUAAAAAUGGAAUGUCUGGUGUAAGAAAGGGAAUAAAAUCAGCACCUGGAAAAGUAUUUAAAGCUGCAGGUGGAGGUAAAAAUAGAAAGAGUGCAACGUUUGAUAAAGAAUUAAAUGAUCAAACGGGAUCAGGUAGUGAUACCGAAGGUGGUGGAUCUGGUAAUGGUGGUACAGUAAGUAAUGGUGAAAAAUUUACAAAUGAUACAUCAUUACCAUCGUUCCACAAUGCAAAACCAAAAAUGCCCAAAAAACGAACAACAGACUCAAGUAAUAUAAAAUUAAAAAAAUUAAAACAUAAUAGAAAAGCAGAAAGAUUAAGAAUAACAGUUCAUAUAGCAGAUAUUUUACAAAGACAAAGAUUUAUAAUGAAUAUGUGUAGAGCAUUAAUGAUGUUUGGUGCUCCAACUCAUAGAUUAGAAGAAUAUAUGAUUAUGACAUCAAGAGUAUUGGAGAUAGAUGGACAAUUUAUGUAUUUUCCUGGAUGUAUGUUAACAUCAUUUGGUGAUGCAGCAACAAGAACUUCAGAAGUUCAUUUAGUUAGAUGUUCUCAAGGUUUAAAUUUGGGGAAAUUAGCUGAUACUCAUAGAAUUUAUAAAGCUGUUAUUCAUGAUUUAAUUGGAGUUGAAGAAGCAAGUAAAAAAUUAGAUGAAUUGUUAAAAGAAAAAAAUAAAUUCCCACCAUGGUUAUGUGUAUUUUUUUAUGGUUUAGGUUCAUUAGCUGUAACACCUUUUGCUUUUGAAGGUGGUUGGAUUGAUUUACCUAUAAGUUUUGGAGUUGGAUUAUGUGUUGGUUAUUUACAAUUUUAUUUAAGUUCAAUGUCUCAUUUAUAUUCUUCAGUGUUUGAAGUUAGUGCAGCAAUUGUUGUUGCAUUUAUAUCAAGAGGUAUUGGAUCAAUAAAAGAUGGAAAUUUAUUUUGUUUUAGUGCUAUAACUCAAGGUUCAUUAGCUUUAAUUUUACCUGGUUAUAUUAUAUUAUGUGGUUCAUUAGAAUUACAAUCAAGAAAUUUAGUUGCAGGAUCAGUUCGUAUGUUUUAUGCAAUUAUAUAUUCAUUAUUCUUAGGUUUUGGUAUUACAUUAGGUUCUGCAUUAUAUGGAUGGGUUGAUCAUAAUGCAACAUCACAAAAUUCUUGUUUACCUGGACAUUCAAUGAAUGAUAAAUUUCGUAUAUUAUUUGUACCAUUAUUUGCAAUAUGUUUAGGAUUAAUUAAUCAAGCAAAAUUUAGACAAUUACCAAUAAUGACAGUUAUAGCAUGUGUUGGUUAUAUAGGAACAUAUUUUGCAGGAAAACAUUUUAGUUCAGUAACUGAAUUUACUGCAUGUAUUGGUGCUUUUAUAGUUGGUAUAUUGGGGAAUUUAUAUUCAAGAAUUUGGAAAGGUAUGGCAGUAUCAGCAAUGUUACCUGCUAUUUUCGUUCAAGUUCCUUCUGGUAUUGCUUCUAAAUCAACUUUAAUUUCAGGUUUACAACAAGCUGAUCAAAUUACAAAUAAAAAUGGUACUUCAACAACUACAACUACUGUUACUGACGGUUCAAGUUUAAGUUUUGGUGCUACAAUGGUUGAAGUAUCAAUUGGUAUUUCAGUUGGAUUAUUUGCUGCUGCUUUAUUUGUUUAUCCAUUUGGUAAAAAGAGAACUGGUUUGUUUACAUUAUAG